AUGUCCGACUCACUGGCGGAGCAGCUACGGGGCACCACAUUAGGCCCCGAUACCCCAUCGGAAGACUGGAAGAAGAACCUCAACCUCCCCGCCAGAGAUGGCCGACACCAAACAGAAGAUGUCACAAACACGAAAGGUUUCGAGUGGGAGGAUUUCUCAAUUAAGCGAGACCUAAUGAUGGGCAUUUUCGAAGCUGGCUACGAGAAACCAUCCCCCAUCCAAGAAGAAGCCAUCCCGGUCGCCCUCACAGGGCGCGAUAUUCUCGCAAGAGCCAAGAACGGCACCGGCAAGACGGCCGCCUUCGUUGUUCCCGCCCUCGAACGCAUUAACCCCAAAGUCUCCAAGAUUCAAUGUCUGAUCCUCGUGCCUACGCGAGAGCUCGCCAUGCAAACAUCGCAGGUCUGCAAGACACUUGGAAAACAUCUUGGAAUUAACGUCAUGGUUACAACUGGUGGCACUGGUCUUAGGGAUGAUAUUGUUCGGUUGCAGGAUCCUGUCCACAUAGUGGUGGGCACUCCCGGACGUAUUCUCGAUUUGGCCGGGAAGAAUGUUGCCGACCUGAGCGAAUGCCCCAUGUUCAUCAUGGACGAGGCUGAUAAACUUUUGUCCAUCGAAUUUACGCCCGUCAUCGAACAAUUGCUGCAAUUCCAUCCCAAGGAUCGCCAAGUGAUGCUCUUCUCAGCCACCUUCCCCAUGUCAGUCAAGGAGUUCUCCGACAAGAACAUGAAUGGGCCCUAUGAGAUCAAUCUCAUGGAUGAGCUCACGCUUCGUGGCAUUACCCAGUACUACGCGUUCGUCGAAGAGAAGCAGAAGGUUCACUGUUUGAACACGCUCUUCUCCAAGCUACAGAUCAAUCAGUCCAUCAUCUUCUGCAACUCUACCAACCGUGUGGAGUUGUUGGCCAAGAAAAUCACUGAGCUUGGCUACUCAUGCUUCUACAGUCAUGCCAAGAUGGCGCAACACGCCCGCAAUCGUGUCUUCCAUGACUUCCGCAACGGCGUGUGCCGCAACCUGGUGUGCUCGGAUCUCCUCACCCGUGGUAUUGACAUUCAAGCAGUGAAUGUGGUUAUCAAUUUCGACUUCCCCAAGAACGCCGAGACAUACCUACACCGCAUUGGACGAUCUGGUCGGUAUGGUCACCUUGGUCUUGCCAUUAACUUGAUCAACUGGGAUGAUCGAUUCAAUCUGUACAAUAUCGAGCGCGAUUUGGGCACGGAAAUCCAACCUAUUCCUCCUACCAUUGACAAGAGUCUAUACGUUUACGACAACCCGGAGAAUAUUCCCCGACCUAUCAAUACGCUUCCCGCAACUCGCCAGUCGUCGUCAGGCAAUAAUAAUCAGCGGUCCCAACAGGAGCAGUCUCGACGUCAGCCAGAAGGACCAUCAUCAAGCAGCGCGCCACAAGAACAAGUCGACUUCCGUGGCCAAGGUACGCGGGGAGCGCAGAAUGACGGUCAGCCCCGUCAGUACCAAGGGGGCCGUGGUCGUGGUAAUCAGGGCGGUGGCCGCGGCGGCUACAGGGGACGCGGCGGCUACAACUACGGUCGAGGCGGUAACCGCGGACAAAGUUCGCAGCCCGCCUAA